AUGCAGAUCGAUCCGGCCGCCCUGAGUCGGACAGACUCGGCCUCAAAUCCGGCGAAGGGUGCGGCGACUAAUGCUUCGGCGACACAGAAGUCGUCCAGGGCACUCAUCUCGGUCCCGCGACUCGAUCUGGAGCAUGCCUAUACCGACCUGAAGGCCGCCAUCGGGGACAAGUGGGCCGAGUACAAGGAGGCCACAGCCUUUUUCCUACUAGGACACUACAACCAGAACGAAUACGCGUCGCGAGUCGACCACAUAUUAUGCGCCGAUCCUAAAAUCGAACAUCUCCAUAAUAAUUUCGUGUGCGCGAUCCUCGGAAACCUUACUCGAGACCUCCCCGACCAUGGCGUCGCAAACUGGGUCUCGGCGAACGAUAAGCCUUCGAUGGUGUCCAAGCCGAUUUCGGGCGAUGCUGCGGAGCAGAGGCUGAAGACGGAGGUGAUGCAGCUGCCUCCUAGGGACCGUCGGCGGAUCAAGGGGAUUCCAGAGCGCGAUCCCAACGAUGCAGCACCCACCGAACUGGAGGAAUAUCACCUUGCCAAACAGAUCAAGCUUCCGAGUCAGGUUCCCGCAAGUGCGGGUGGACUGAACAAGACCAACUGGGAGUUGGAAAUUCGAAAACGUUAUGCGCAACCUCUCGCUGCAGAGACGGGCGAAUUUCCCGAUGCCGAGUCUAUCCAUGCCCGCAUGGUCCCCAUGUGUUACGAAGAAUCACUCCCCAGCGGCGCCGGUCUGCCGUGCGCCGAGUUUAUGGCAAUUGCAACUGAAACUUUUGUGAAGGAGGUCUUGUCCUCGGUAUUCUCGCGCACCCGGUCCAAUGGUCCGUCAGGCACGAUCAAUGGCAUGAUGAUGCGGAAAUAUCGAGAGCAACUUGAACGAGAAGAGCUUGCAUACACUCGCGGUGAGAUCACAAAGGAUACCGCAACUGGCUUGCUUCCCAUUGAGGCCAAAGAGGCCGCUGUUCGAAGACCACUCGGCGUUAGGGAUCUACGACUUACCCUGGAGCUCAGUGGCAGCGUCCUCGGUCACAUGCCACUGAUCAUAGACCAGAUCGCGGGUGGAUACUUUGAAGAUGAACUCGAAACAGAAAAGCAAGAUCGUCUGGAGAACGGCGUGAGCGAACCACAUGAGAUCAAGACCGCUGAAGAUGAGAUGGACCUGGACGAAGUCGACGAUUCUCUAUCGGACUGGGAAGGAGGUGCUGCCGCAGAUCGCGAACAGUUGAGUUCCCUACUCGACGAGUGUCUGUCGAUGGCUGCGUAA